AUGUCUUCAAAUUUUAUAUUAUCAUGUUUACCAAGCUUCAGAGGUAUAUCAAAUGGACCUUCUCUAAUUUCAAUAUCUAAUGGUAGACCUUGGAUAUCAACUCAAUAUUUCAAAUUCAAGUUAAUUACAGAUAAAAGUAUUGAUGUAAUUGCUAAUACGUUUUUACAAGAAAUGACACCAAGCGAUCAACCAAGACUUAAAUACAAUUUUAUGUCAGCAGCCACACGUUGCUUACUAUAUGGACGCGUAGGAGAUAGAGAGUUGACUAUGGUGAUGAAGGUCGAAUGUGUGGUGAAUCUUUAUUAUGUAGACUGCUUCGAUCAUGCUAAUAGUUUUGAUAUUGUUCAUGUCAGUGUUUGUAAUCUAAUUGAUGAGAAUAUAUGUGUAAGAGAGGCUAGAGCAUUACGCUACAUUUAUACUGAUCGUUUUGACAUGUAUAUCGAAGACACUACGCGUUACAGACAUACACUUGACAAACUUGUUGAUCAUCGAAAAAUUCAAGUAACAAGGUCAUUAAGUAGUGGUUGGGAAGUGACGAGUCUUUCAGCUGGGAUAAACAAUUUAUCCUCAACAAUCAUAACACAAUAUUACAAUUGGGAAGGUGUGCGUCUAGCAUCUAAGAUUCUAAAUAGGAACAAUUAUCACCAAUUAAUUUACGGUUUCGUAACAAAGAUUUUUGAACUUGAAAGAUUUAUAUAUGUUAGUAUGUAUACUGGAAGACAAAAUAAAUUUAAUCGUAAAAUUUAUAAACGAGAAAAGCGUAAAGUUUAUAGUAGUGUUAUUCCUAUUCCUUAUGAAUUAUGUGAAGAUAUUUUUUUAAAAUUUGCUAAAAACAUAGAUUUUAAAGGAAGAUACAUUGAAAUGUUUAAAGAAGAUGGAGAAAGAAUGUUAGAUACAAUAAUGCAGUUUUACAAUGAAGAAAAGAAACAGCUAGAUGAAGAUGUAAAUGUAGUAGAAAGCCAAGUAAUUAAUGACGUUAUUUCUUAA